AUGGUACACCGGCGUAAUUGUCAAACCAUCGACGCUGUGGAUAUACGCCCUCCGGCCCCUCGAGAAAAGUCCAGGAAGUUUAAGUUUAGUGAAGGGGUUGAUGCUUUUCAUAAUGAUGGCUGGUGGGAAGUUAUUACCAAGGAGUUGGAGAAUGGGAGGUUUCACGUUUACUUCAAGAGGUCCAAGGAGCAGCUGGAGUUUGGAGAGGACCAGUUGAGGCUUCAUAGAGGGUGGAUUAAAGGGUCUUGGACGCCACCACUGGAGGAAGAUGAGCAAGUUAAGUUAGCGAACAAGUCCACAGAAGCAGGGACUGAACGAAAGAUAGAAUUAAACAACGUUCGAGAGAAGCUAGAGCAUGAUAAUACAGCAAGCAAAAGGAAGUUAAAGUCUGAUUUAGCCGGGAGUGGAGGGAAAUUGGAGUCUGGUAAGAUAACAGAGUAUAGCGAGGGAGAACGUGUUGAGGUGACGAGUGAUGAAGAUGGUUUUGAAGGUGCUUGGUUUACUGGAACUAUUGUUAAAGCAGUAGGGAAGAACAAGUACCUAUUUCAGUAUGAUAGCUUGAGAACUGACGAUGACAGUGAAUUCCUAAAAGAGGAGUUUGUUGCCCUGAACAUUAGGCCUUGUCCACCGGAAAUUGUUAUGGCCAAUGCAUUCCAAAAACUUGAUGAAGUCGAUGCUUUCUACAAUGAGGUCUGGUGGGUGGGUGUGAUUUCCAAGGUUAUUAAAUCUCUUCCUGAGACAAAGUAUGAAGUCUAUUUCAAAGCUACCCAGGAGGAAAUGAAGUUUAAACACUCCGAGUUAAGGAUGAAUCAGGACUGGAUUAAUGGGAAAUGGGAUACUGCUUCCAAGGCAUUAAAGUCAUAGUUACUGAAGGAGAGGUGUCAACGGUACUUCAGCUGGGGGCGUUUUAUGUCGGAAUCAAAGUACAGCCAAAUCUUUUCGGUUUUUCAGCUGUUGCAGUUGUGCUGGUGAUUGCUUGUGUAACCAGUUUUAGGCAUUCAUAUGCAUAUUCUUUCAGACUGAAGGUACCUUAACACGCAAGUUUAACUAACUAAAGGAUUCUACUUGCCUAGCCUUUUAUGUGAAGGAUUAAUUGUGCAUUACUUUCCCCUACAAUUUGUGUGUUUGUUGGAAUCGAUGAAACUACUUCUGUGAU